UGGGAAAUAAAACAAGCAGUUAUUUAAAAACCCGUAUUAAAGAGCCAUAGAUGAAACCCGAGGACGGAACAGAGAAUUAACCGGAAGUGCGUGUCAGGGGAAAACACUCCGAGGUCCUUAAAGCAGCAGCUGCGGAACGUCUUGGGACGCGAGGUCAAAGUAGACAGCAGACAGCAGUUUUUUUGUUUCCCUCCACCUGCAGUCCAGGUGAGCUCGGUGUGUCGGUGAGACAUGAAGAGGAAACUCCUGCUGGUGUCCAACUCCACUCUGCACGGCGGCGGCUACCUGGACCACUGUCAGCAGCACAUCUGCAGCUUUUUUGGAAAGAAUGUGAAGAGAGUGCUGUUUGUUCCCUAUGCCCUCCAUGACAGAGAUGCCUACACAACGACUGCCAGGAACAAGUUCAGAUCCUUAGGUUAUGAGGUCGACGGCAUCCACGAGGCUGCUGACCCUGUCGAAGCCGUCCGAAAGGCUGAGGGCAUUUUAUUGGGAGGGGGCAACACGUUCCGGCUGCUGAAGAGCCUUUACGACAACAACGUGGUGACGGAGAUCAGGAAGAGAGUCCUGGAGGACGGCGUCCCGUACAUGGGCUCCAGCGCCGGAACCAACGUGGCGACCAUCAGCAUCAGCACCACCAACGACAUGCCCAUCGUUUUCCCGCCGACCUUCAGUGCCAUCGGCCUGGUGCCCUUCAACAUCAACCCGCACUACCUGGACCCCGACCCCAACAGCCGCCACAUGGGGGAGACCAGGGAGCAGAGGAUAACCCAGUACCAUGAAGAACCCAACACUCCCAGUGUUCUGGGACUGAGGGAAGGCUCCCUGCUGCUGGUAGAAGGAGACAAAGCCACGCUGUUGGGAACAACAAAGGCUCGACUCUUCAGCAGUGGGAAACCCUCGGUGGAGUUGGAUCCCGGCAGUGACCUCAGCUUCCUGCUGACGGAGGCGCAGUGAGACGCCAAAGAGGAAUGGAGACCACACGGAAUAAAAAUCUGAAGCAAACGA